GACGCUGCUUGCAAGCAACGGAGUCUCCCUACAGCGUUGAUUUAUUGCAAGGAAAGCCCCUUCUUGCCAUUUCCCUGUUUACAUCUUCUCUUUCACUUCUCCAGCUCAAAAACUUCAAUUCACUCAAACUUCCCUGCCAAUAUCCACCACAUCGAAAUGGGCGGCUAUAUGAGUACUAACCGGGAGGUUUCCUCUGAAAACAAUGGGGAAAACCAUCCGCCACUGGAUAAGGAUAAGCCUCUUGAAACAGGCCAUUUCACCUUUCCUCCUGAAUGGGAUACCCAUAUCGCAACCAUCCUAGGCUUCCCUUCCAGAGCCUCAUGCCUGGAGGCCCUGUGGGAGAAGAAUUGCGAGGAGAUUGUCGAUCUCGCUGCGGCCAUCUCGGACUUUGAGCCCGUGCGCCUGUAUGCUCGCCCUGAAGAUGUACAAUACGCCCAGUCACUGGUCAACAGCAAGGUGCGCAUCCCUUCAAAGGUGCACAUCAUCCCAAUCAAAAUCAACCACUGCUGGGUCCGCGACACAGGACCCGUCUACGUCCAUAAUGAGACCGGUGAGCGCCUCGCAAUCAGCUUUGAGUUCAACGAAUGGGGAAACAAAAACGGUUGGAAGGGUGAAAAGGGCCACUACCGAUAUGGCAACCCGUCCAUGUCCAAAGAGCGAUUGAAGGAGAACACGGAUUUUGCACGCGCAGUGAUCGCCUCUGACCAGUCGCCCACGCCCGUGCGGCGAGUCAUUCCUAGAAUCCGCACCGAGGGUGGUGGUCUCAUUGUCGACGGUGAUGGCACACUCGUCGUCGGUGAAAGCUACUUGAUCUGCGAGGAGCGCAACCCCGGCCAAACUAAGGUUGAAAUUGAGCAAGAGCUGCGCCGGCUCUUGGGUGCUAAGAAGGUGAUCUGGUGCCCAGGGCGAAAGGACCUUGAUAUUACAGACGCCCACCUAGAUGCUGAGGUGCGGUUCGUGCGACCUGGCGUGGUUGUGGUAACGCGCCAUGCCCCUAGCGCAGGGGAGUGGGUCAAUUGCGGGAGAGAGGUUCUGGACAUCAUGCAGCGCGAGACCGAUGCCAAAGGGCGACGGUUUGAGAUCCAUAUUAUUGAGGAGCCAUCUCCUGAAGACAUUGGUGUCUCGCCUGACGACGAGGUCGUCACCUCGUACCUCAACUGCUAUUUCUGUAAUGGUGGCCUUAUCAUCCCUGGAUUCGGGUCUGAGAAGCAUGAUCGCAAGGCUCUAGAGACCUGGCAGGCGCUAUUGCCUGAUCGCGAGGUGCGUCAGGUUCCUCUGCGUACGAUUCCUCUGAGUGGAGGGGUUAUCCACUGUGUUACGCAGCAGGUGCCAGCUCCGAAAAAGAUGCCAGCGAAAAUGGCGUAAGCAAGACAUUAUGCUGAAGAUGGAGCCCUAUACAAUGGAUUACUCGAGCAACCUUGGUCUACUUUUGUUUAAUCCUCGACUGUUAGGUGUAUCUUUACCAGAAUGGAAUGUCAAGGUCAGUUCUAG